GUCACGCAGCGCUGUCUGUCCCGCAGACGCGCGCUCCUCGACUCGUGGACGGCUGCCGGCGUGGACCGGGACACUCGCAUCACCGCGUCUGGAGACUGACUUCAGGCAGAAAUGUCAGGCUCGACUCCCCCCCCUCCCUCGGCGGAGGACGCGGGGCCGGACGGAGGCUUCCCCCCCGGGUACAGGCCGUUCGUCCCCGAGGAGCACGGCCUGGAGCGCGGCUUCCGCCUCACAGCCUUCUCGGACCUGAAGGGAUGAGGCUGCAAGGUCCCGCAGGAGGCUCUGCUCAAGCUCCUGGCGGGACUGGAGCCCGGGCCGGAGCCGGAGCCGGGCGGCCAGGACGCGGUGUUCGGCCAGCAGCUGCCCAGCCCUCGGCUCGGUGUUGGGAUGGACAGUUGUGUGAUCCCCCUGAGGCAUGGAGGGCUGUCACUGGUUCAGACCACAGAUUUCUUUUAUCCUCUGGUGGAGGAUCCUUACAUGAUGGGGAAGAUAGCGUGCGCUAACGUCCUCAGUGAUCUCUACGCCAUGGGCAUCGUGGAGUGUGACAACAUGCUGAUGCUGCUGAGCGUCAGUCAGAAGAUGGAUGACAAGGAUCGAGAGCGAGUGAUGCCGCUGAUGAUUCAAGGGUUUCGGGACGCAGCAGAAGAGGGUGGGACCUCAGUGACGGGGGGCCAAACGGUGAUCAACCCCUGGAUCAUCGUAGGAGGCGUUGCAACAGUCGUCUGCCAGCGUAAUGAGUUCAUCAUGCCUGACGGUGCAGUCCCUGGUGAUGUCCUGGUUCUAACUAAACCUCUGGGGACUCAGGUGGCCGUGAACGCUCACCAGUGGCUCUAUCAGCCUGAAAAGUGGAACAAGAUAAAGCUCGUCGUCACCAAAGAAGAAGUCAAGGAGGCGUAUCAGGAAGCCAUGUUCUCCAUGGCAACACUAAACCGAACAGCGGCAGGCCUAAUGCACAAGUACCAUGCCCACGCUGCAACAGAUGUGACUGGCUUUGGUCUGUUAGGACACGCCAGCAACCUGGCAGCGCAGCAGCAAAGCGAGGUGGCCUUCGUGAUCCACAACCUACCAAUUAUAGCCAAGAUGAGUGCCAUCAGCAAGGCCUGCGGAAACCUGUUCAACCUGGUUCAGGGCACAUCUGCCGAGACUUCAGGCGGACUGCUGAUGUGUUUGCCCAGAGAACAGGCAGCCAAGUUCUGUGCGGAGAUGAAGAGCCAAACCUCCGCACCAGGAGGCCAGGGCUCUUCAGGUGGAGCGUGGAUCAUUGGCAUCGUGGAGAAGGGGGACCGCCGCGCUCGCAUCAUCGACAAGCCCCGCAUCAUCGAGGUGCCGCCACGGGGAAGCCAGGCAGCCCAUCAGGAGAACAGCGCCACGAGCCCGGACCCAAACACAAACCUCACAUAGACACUCAUCUGCUGUUUGUAUACUUGAGUUUUUCAUCUCAAAGUGGUGAGAGUGCACAGGCCCAGAUCAGCCUGGUGUGAGCCGAUGGAAAAAGGACCGAUUUAUAAGAGCUCUUGAAGCAACAUAUACCUUUUGAUAUUAUAAAGUCAGGGCCAAUCUUCAUCCCAUCCGUUUCAUUUAGAGCUUGACCUCUCAUGUUUCCAUUUUUCUUUCCUAAUCCGUACAAACGACUGGUUUAUAUGAUCAUGAUGAAUGUUGAAAACAGAUUCUGGAGAAACAAACAAAAAGUAGACGUCCGGAUCAUGCAGCAAGUUCUGGGUAUAAAUUGUGGGUACGCAUUUGUCUGUAUAUCGAGUACUUUAUCCUUUUGUUUGUUUGUUUUGGGGGGCGGGUAGUAAAUUAAUUUAAUUAAUGGUUAAUGAGUGAUGUGGAAAAGAAAUUACUUUUCAGUCCUGGCACCCGGCUCUGUCCGCACAACCCAGAGGAAGGCUUGAGCAGCUUCCUUUGGGUCCGGCCGGAUGGUGUGCAGAGUUCCUGCCUGAGACAGCCGAGGGGCCGUCCAGCGCAGAGUCCCUCCCACUCUUCCUUUUUAAUGAAGCUCUGCUUAUUAAACCCCCAACCAGGGGCCAGGCAGAGUGGAUGUUUUGUCUUUGGAUGGGGGGUGGGUCUCAGUGCUGGAGGUCUAAAGCUGUGUGCAUUUGUAGAUUUUCUUGCUCUCCAACAAUCAAUAAAAAUCAUCAACUCAGUCUGAAA